AUGCUCCCAACUCUCCUGUUAUGUUGUGUCUCGACAGUGUUAGCUACAAAUGAGUUAGUGCACCUUGACUACGCCUCUUACAAAGGCAGAGCUCUUGCAAAUGGUGUCACUCAAUGGCUUGGGAUGCGAUAUGCCGCAGCCCCAACGGGACCUUUGAGAUUCGCAGCGCCCCAAGACCCGCCCAUCGUCCAUGGCACUCAGCAGGCUAAUAAGCACGGUGACAUCUGCUUUGGGACGGGCAACAAUCCUCGUGACCCAAGCUUGUCCGAAGACUGUCUCUUCCUGGACGUCUAUGCUCCGAGUCAGGCAACCAACACCUCGAAACUGCCCGUCUACUUCUUCAUUCAGGGGGGUGGUUUCAACUUUAACUCAAAUGCAAAUUACAAUGGCAGCGGCCUGGUCUCCGCAUCCGGGCAUGGGAUGAUCGUUGUGACCUUUAAUUAUCGCGUGGGACCGUACGGGUUCCUUGCCAGUCGCGAGAUUCAAGAAUCACCGUCUGCCACCUUAAACAACGGUUUAUUAGACCAGCGCAAAGCGCUCGAUUGGGUGCAGAGGUACAUUACUCAUUUCGGCGGAGAUCCAAACCAUGUUGUUCUUGGGGGAGAUUCCGCCGGCGCUGCAUCCAUCGCCUACCAUUUGACGGCAUAUGGCGGGCGAAAUGACGGGUUGUUUGUCGCCGCAGCCGCCGAAUCCGUCAGUUUCGCGCCCAUGUUGACUGUCGAGGAAAGUCAGUACCAAUAUGACCACUUGGUGAAGAGUCUGGGCUGCACAUCUCGCACCACGAGUCAAGGUUCAACUGGCAAGGACACCACUGUGUCGUGUCUCCGCUCAAAGACAACGGCAGAGUUCCAGGCCCAAAACCACAAUCUGCCGUAUCCGGGAGCCCAAAACCCGCCCCUCUACAUGUGGAAUCCCGUCAUUGACGAUGGAAUGAUUCGAAACUACACCUACGCCGCCUUUGAUAGCGGCAAAUUCCUGCGUAUCCCCGUGCUGUUUGGCGACGACACCAACGGCGGGACGGUCUUCACCCCGCGGGGGACAUCCAGCCGGGCCCAGUCCAACACCUUCUUGCACGACCAGUUCCCGGACCUGACGUCCGACCAGCUGCAGCGCAUCGGCGAGCUCUAUCCCAACAAUGGCCCGCAAUUCCCCAACUCGGGCUCCUGGUGGCGUCAAGUCUCCAACGCCUACGGCGACAUGAGGUACAUGUGCCCGAACCUGUUCAUCGCGGCGAGCUACGCUCGCUACGGCGUGUCGGGCAACUGGAAUUACUGGUACAACGUGCAGGACGCCUCGCAGGUCCGCCAGGGCCUGGGGGUGCCGCACACGGUCGAGCUGUCCGCCAUCUGGGGUCCCGAGAACACAAACGGCGCGAGCCCGCCGAGCUAUCGUCGUGGUGGUCCCAACGCGUGGAUCGUCCCGCUGAUGCAGAGCUACUGGAUCAGCUUCAUUCGCACGCUGGACCCGAACCCGUUCAGGCUUCAGGGAGCCCCGACAUGGCAAGAAUUUACUCUCGCUGAUGAGGAGGGCGGUGAUGGUGCCACCGCAGCAACAACAGACUGGCUGCGAAUGUUCUUCGACACGGCCGACACGACGGGCAUGGCCGAGGUCAGCGCCUCCGUCAGGAAGAGAUGUCAGUACCUCAACUCGAUCGGCAUAGCUCUCAAACAAUAA